ACGCACACACACACUUGGCAUACGAACACACACACACACACACGGUGUCCUGUGCCACACGAGUUCCCCUCAGGGGUUGUAUUCAUUAGAAAGCUAUUUAUCAUCUGGGUGGUCUGAGGUGAGUGAUUUCCCAUAAAUACUGUAGAAUAAAACAAUAUGAGAGGAAGGUUAUGUCCAGUAUAGGAGGAGGAUACAGUUAGGAAAACAGGCAGGGUGUGGCUUCAACAAUGCAGUGAAGCAGUGACGUUGUGUGGGAGGGGAAACACAGGCAGGUAAAAACACUCGAGAGCUUCCUCAUUGUGGAGCAAGAAGAUAUACGUCCCUGUGAGAAAGUUGUGAGUCUUCUAGCAGUGGACUAUGUUCUCCUCUGCGACCCCCUACAAGAACCAGCACUACGCUGAGCUCAAGAAGGACUGCAUCAAGAGUAAAAAACUCUUUGAGGAUUCAGAGUUUCCAGCCAUAGAUUCAUCGCUGUAUUUUCGGAAACCACCACCUGGUAUUGUGCAAUGGAAACGUCCCGGGGAGAUCAGCACUGACCCUCACCUGUUUGUGGAGGGCGUCAGCGCGCAUGACUUGAACCAAGGCUCAGUGGGUAACUGCUGGUUUGUGGCUGCCUGCUCAUGUCUGGCCCUGAAGCCUAACCUGUGGAAGAAGGUGAUUCCAGACUGGAAGGAGCAGGAGUGGGACCCCAAACACCCAGAGGAAUACGCCGGAAUCUUUCACUUUCAGUUUUGGGUGUUUGGCGAGUGGGUGGAUGUGGUGGUGGAUGACCGCCUUCCUACGAUCCAUGGAGAACUCAUCUACUGUCACUCCAAAGACAACAAUGAAUAUUGGAGUGCUCUGCUGGAGAAAGCCUAUGCCAAGCUCUCUGGCUGCUAUGAGUCGCUGGAGGGGGGCAACACUGGAGACGCUGUGGUGGAUUUCAGUGGAGCUGUGUCUGAGGCCAUCAACCUGGAGGCAGAGGCUUACUACAAGGACCAGAAGAAGCUAGACCACUUCUUUGAAGACCUACUGAAAGUGUACGACCGAGGUGGCAUCAUAAGUUCUUCCAUUAAGGCACAACCUCACGAAAUUGAGCUCAAGAUGGCUAACGGGCUGGUGAAAGGUCAUGCGUACUCUGUGACCGCGGUAAAAAGGGUGCGCCUGGGUCACGGCCUGAUGGCCUACUUCAAAAACGAAACCAUCCCUAUGAUCCGAAUGAGGAAUCCCUGGGGAAAGACGGAGUGGAAUGGAGCCUGGAGUGACAGUUCUGCAGAAUGGUCAAAGGUUGGCGACACAGAAAGGGGCAACCUUGGCAUCACAGUGGAGGAUGAUGGCGAGUUCUGGAUGUCUUUCACAGACUGGUGCAAGUACUUUACAGAUGCCGACGUGUGCCGUCUCAUCAACACGUCCAUGAUGAGCUUCCAUAAGACCUGGCAUGAGGUCAUGCACUUUGGGAGCUGGACCAAGCAAGCAGAGCCUCUCUUGAACCGCUGCGGCGGAUGCGCUAACCAUAAGCAGACCUUCCUGCAGAACCCACAGUACAUGUUUGAUGUCACAAAGGAGGCCGACGAGGUCCUCGUCUCCUUACAACAGCGAGAUAUGAAGAUCCACAGGAAAAUCGGACAAGGGGAAAAUCUCACAAUUGGCUUCAGCAUCUUCAAGGUGGAACUAAACAGGAAGUACAGGCUCCACGACAUCCUGACCCAGAACUGCGUGGCGACGUCAACAUACAUAAACGCCCGCACGGUCUUCAUGCGUUGCAUGCUGCAGCAGGGCCGCUACGUCAUCCUACCCACCACCUUCAAGCCUCACACUCUGGGAGACUACAUGAUCCGAGUCUUCACCGACUUGGACUCGGGCUGCAGGGAGCUGAUCGAGGAUAAGCCCAGGGUAAGAUGUUGGAGUUCUUUCCUUGGAUACCCACAGGCCGUGAGCCACGUGUACGUCCAUUCUGCUGAAGGCCUGCAGAACCAGGACAGCACAGGCGGCGCAGACCCUUAUGUGAUCAUAAGCUGCGAGGGCCGCUCCGUAAAGUCCACCAUUAAGAAGGACACUUUAACACCAGAGUUUGCAACCAGUGGUAUUUUCUACAGGAAGAAGCCCAGGAAGCCUAUAACUGUGCAGAUCUGGAACAGUAACGCAGUGCAGGACCAGUUCAUGGGCCAAGUGAUGCUAUCUGCUUCAGUGAAGGACACUGCCGAUCCUCAGAGGCUGCGGCUGAGGAAACAAGGCCGCAACAUGGCCGACGAAAUGCCGGGGAGCAUCACUCUGAGGAUCGUCACUUCCUCCCAGCUCACCGCCAUGUGAGGCUUAGUCAAACAACUCGACUGUGAAACUAUGUGACAACAAUGUGCCAUCACAGAAAGACAAUUAGUACAGUAGGCAAUAUUGCACACUUUUUAACCUUCUUUAUAUCGUCUAUCAUGAGUAACUUAUGACAUUUUUUAGUAAUGUGGCUGGCAAAUACUAUAUAAUGUAUUAUACAAAUAUAAUGUGAGUAACGCUACAUUAUGAUGUAGUGUAAUUAAUGUACACUCACCAGACACAACAUUAGGUACACCUGCAUCCUAAAUAUACUGCUUUCUAGUUCGUUUUGACAAUAUUUUGGUUGUAGUUUGCAAGAGUGUGCGAGUGCGCUGCAACAUAAUAUCUGUUACCACAACAAUACUGAAUACCUCAAAACUAGGGAUGUCCAAUAUCGCAUAAAAAAUCGGUGUUCAUCGGUAUCAUAUUUUUCCCAAUAAUGAAAAUCAGUAUUUUUUUAAAAUGCUUUAUAGAUAGACAUUUUAAUGUUUACGUAGUGCAAACCCAGCACUUUUGUGCUGUUUUUGCUUGUCCCCGGCCGAUCUGACCGCACUGAAGUUGGCUAGCUCCGUUAGCUCACGUGGGACGCUAGCUCUUAGCCAUUCAGUGAAGCACAAAUUUCAUUCUGGUCAGCUCAUUGAUCUUGAGGCUCAACCUGAGGCUUGAAUAUCCACUUCCUUGCUAGCCGCUUGACUUUCAUCUUAAACCACUACGUUGAUGUUUUGAUAUCAAUGGGUAGACAGGGAAUCACACUGAUACCUGACAUCACACUCAUUACUCACUUGUAAAAUUUGUUUGAAAUAAACAGAGCUGUGUGAAUUCCACGACAUACAUAUAUAUAUUUAUUAUAUAUAGAUAGUGUAUUACUCUCUAAGAAAAAAUCACAUUUGCAGCAGUUCGACAAAAAAAAUGGCUCCAGUAUUUGCUGGCGCCAAAAGAUGACCUCAUCAAACCGCCUCUCAAGCGUGUAAACAAACGUGGGCGAGUAGUAACAAACUAGCUUGCUCCUUCCGUCCAUUUUCUCCACAUGACACCUAUUCUAACUAGUAGGAAUGUAACAAUUCCCAGAAGUAAGGAUGGUAAAAUGUGACACUGUGUGUGCGCGCUCGAUUAGGAGAGUCCGUGGAGCAUCAGAUUUACAAUGUUGGACCACCGCUACUCAUAGGAAUGUUAAGUCCAACUUUAAGCCUUUCUAACUCAUGGAUCGGAGGUUCAAGACAACAUAAAAGGUAUGUAGGAUAUAAUUUCACUCUAAUAUCUAUCUGCAGGUGAACUUUUAUUAAAAUGUGAUGGUGCGAAAUAGGUUUAUAUUGGCCCGGAAUUAAAGCGUACAUGCACUCUGAAGUGUGACGUAGAAGCCGAAACAGCGUGGUGCUGCACAGUGGCUACGUGGUAGCCAGGGGUUCUCUCCGGCCAUCCUACUGCCCAUCUAGACAUUUCAGGUAUCAACUCAUUGCCACCCCAUGUGAGUAAUGGUUUCAUCUUGGAAUCCGCCAAAAUUUUUCGAUACAUACCUUUGAUUAUCUUUACAUUAGAUUUGCAGGUGUGCUUAAUGAAGUGCCCACAAGUGUAUAACAUGCAGCUACGUAUAUACAAUUUAAACUAGAGAUGCUCCGAUCGAUCGGCCAUGUUCUACAAAAAACACGUGAUCAGCAUAUGUCAACAAACUGCUUUCAAAAUAAUAGUAAAAAAUCAAUCGGCGCAAGGUAGCAAAUCCUACAUGUCUGUUGUGUACUUAGGAAUACCAACAAAAAAACAUCUCGUAUUGAUCUUGCCACAGACUGUGCCAAUCUUUGCCAGCGUAUUCGAUCACUCCCUUACCAAACCUAUUGCCGUUCGACGAUUCUUGCAUCUUUGUUUACAUACCGUGCCUAGCUGUCACUGACUGUAUUUUACAUUGGCGGCAGCAGGCUAGCUAGCUACUUAUCCACCUAGCUUAUGGUUUUCGGGCUCCAAAUAUUACUUUUUACUACAGUGACGUUUUGUUGUUAAAACAAACAAACAAUGCAGUUAAUUUGGAGCUCGUUUUUGUCCUGCAGGAAGCCUACAAGUGUAUAUCACGUUUUUGGGAUACGUACUAUUAUUGUUUAAUGAACAUAAAACAGUGUAUCCAGUCUUACACAGGGGUCUCACAGGUUUUUUUUGUCUCCUAUCUCACAAGGUGAUGUUGAUGCCAAUUUUUUUUUAUUAUAACUGUUGAAUUCAGACUUUAUGUCUUCAUGGCAUAAAGACAAUGCCCACACUGUUUGAGUGGAGCUCUGUUGGUAAAUAAAGUAGAACACAAAUAGUUGGAGACCCCUGCAACCUGGACACUGAAUUUAUUUGUAUUAUCUUAAUUCUCUUAAGUUUAUUUCUCAUUAUUACUCCAAAACAUGCAUCAAAUUAAAUUCAGGUUUAUGUCAAACAGUACAAAAAUGUUCCACACCAAAAAAGGCAAAAAAAAAAAAAACCCUCUUUGCCAGGGACCCUCGAAAUCGUCUAACAGCACCCAAGGCCAAUACCACUCAUAAUAAAUUGGAAAAAGUACAGUUAAACCAUGUGAUAGAUGUUGGUUGAUCUCACUUGUGGAUGAUCGGUACCGGAGCCGGCAACAUAAAACCCUGAUCGGAGCAUCCCCAGUUUAAAUAGGUAACAGGGUUAUGCAUUACAGCAAAUCUUGUUUCCUCUUUUUUUAUUUCAGUCCAGUUCCCAAACUGUGAUAUUUUUUUACACUCAAGACACAGCCAUGCACAAUUCAAAGUUCAAAAAGUCUAUUGCUUCAACCACAAUUAAAAAUAGUUUAUCCAAAACCUCA